GUGUGCCUGCGUGCCUGGUGCCCGCUGCCUGCCUGGUGCCUGAGCAGCAGCAGCCGAAGGUGGGAGCGGCUGUGAGACGAGCGCACCCUUCCGUUCACACCGGCCCUGAGGAUGGCGUUCCUGGCGCCGGUCAGGACCGAGCGCCAGAUCCUCGAGAACUCGAUGCUCGAGGACGACCCGAACGAGAACUCGGCCCUCGAGACGCCCCCGGCCGACGACCCCGCCGCCUCCAAGCCCCGAUGGGGACCCAGACACAAGGGCGCCCAGGAGCUGGCCAACCUCUACAGCACAGGGAAGCGUACGCAAGAGUGCAUCUGCGUGGGCAUCUGCAUCAUGCUGAUGGCCGUCAAUUUUUUCUUUCUGCUGAUGCACCUGCAGCUGGAGAAGCUGAGCACCAUCGUGGUGGCAGCCAUGUGCGGCAUCUUCACCGCCGACUUCGCUUCCGGCGUCGUCCACUGGGCUGCUGACACCUGGGGCUCCGUUGAGCUGCCCAUCCUCGGCAAGAAUUUCAUUCGGCCGUUCCGAGAGCACCACAUUGACCCAACGUCGAUCACGCGACACGACUUUAUCGAGACAAACGGCGACAACUUCAUGCUGACCAUCCCCUUCCUCGGCUACAUGGUGUGGCAUUUUGUCUCCAGCUCUGAGGCUGAGGUGCAGAAGAGCUUCUGGUGGAGCUGCUAUCUCUUUCUGCUCGCCAUAUUCGUCGCCAUGACUAACCAGAUCCACAAGUGGUCGCACACGUACUUCGGUCUGCCGGGGUGGGUGGUGUGGCUGCAGGAGCACCACGUGAUCCUGCCGCGGCGGCACCACCGCAUCCACCACGUGGCGCCGCACGAGACCUACUUCUGCAUCACGACCGGCUGGCUCAACUGGCCGCUGGAGAAGCUGCACUUCUGGCCAGGCCUCGAAGGCGUCAUCCAGUACUGCACGGGCUGCAGGCCGCGCGCCGAUGACCUCAAGUGGGCGCAGAAACGCUCCUAAACCCUGCUUCGCUUCCCCUGCCCGCCCCCCAGCGGCCGUUCACCCUCCAACCGCCGGCAAGCCGCAUCUUUUGUGCCUUUUUCGCCACUUUUCAGCAACGGAACGAACCCCUCGACAAUUCUGCCAGCCUGCCUUUUGUUCCUAUUUUUCUUCGUGCGUCUGCCAAGCGGACGACGUGAUAACGCCUUUUUCUGCAACAGGUUGUAUUUUUUCGCAACUGCUACUGGCGAUUCUUUUUAAGUUUCGAGGAAACUAGUGUGAGGUUUGUCUUGGUCGGAUUUAAAAGUUACCUUUGUUGCUGGUGGACUUCUUGGUGCCUGAAAUGUGAUUUGAAGGAAAUUAGAUACCAGUUCGCUGAUUUUGAUUUGAUUGAAAUAAUAACUGACUGAUGAAAAUAAUUUUUUUGCCAAUUUUCUUCAAUUUCAUAAACAUCUAUUUUUUGGUUAUGUUUUUGCAUAUUAAGAUCAAGAUAGGAAAAUUAUUUGACGAAAUAAUACGAUAGUAGGGAUGUGCAAAAUAUGUCGAUUUUUGGUGCGUUUUAAUUUUUGUAUUUAUUUUUUUUUUAAUUUUCUAUUAUUUCCAAGACUAGAAAACUGGUUAUUUUAAACAGGGACAGGGAUGCAAUUCCUAAUAGCCUGGCUUUUUACCAGGUGGGGCUCAAGAAAUGCAAAACAUAACAUAUUCCAUUUUUCCAGCAAAAAUCUAAGCAAUCCAGUUUAAGACAAAAUAAUUUCUCCAGCUUUCUAUAGAGCUGUAAUUAAAUUUUUUGUCCACCCAUAGCUCAAUUUCGCGGCCAUGGGCCUCACUAAAAAUAUAUAUCGCAAGUAACUCCUGCAAGAAAUAAGUAAUAAUUUAAAAUGAGACUCUUUUCAGCCCUGAUUUUAUAUAAUUUUUGCACGCCUAUAAGAUUGCGUGGAUUUUGCAUUUUUGAAAUGAUGGCGUCUAAAAGAGUAAAGAUCUAGAAAUUUUUAAAUUGCAAUGGGUUGUGAAGUAAAAUAAGGUAAUUGUUACACAACCAAUUCCGAAAAAAAAACAAGCAAAUCAUAUAAAUUCCUGCUUGUUCCUUUCAAAAAUGCCAAAAAAUUAAUAACUAUCAGUUUAAGAUAUAAUUGUUAAAACAAUUUCUUAAACGAGAAAAAUUUCCAAAAAAAAUGUAUUUGAUUUCAAAAUUAAAAAAAAAUCAAAGUAUAAAGCAGUAUUAAAAUAUGCAUCACAGCAUCAAUAAUUAAGUUUUUACAGUAUUAAACGCAAAAAAUAGGUUAACUGGACUGGUUUUAAAAAGAAUGUGUUCGUGCUAUUUUCUGGAAACACAUAUAUAUUUUUUAAGAAAUCUGACAUGCUCCCAGAAAAAAACUAAUACUUGGUUUCCACUGCACAUCCUUUUACGCUUAUAAUUUUCCAACAUAAAUACGAUGAAUUCCGUUUUUGGGCAAUUUUUUGUUUCAGUUUUUCAAUUUACAAAAACACCACAUGUUAAGAUACUAAAAUAUUAAAUUAUAGUGCGCUAGAAUUGUUUUAAAAUGGUUAAAUGGAAGAGCAGUCUUAAAAUAACCAUUAAGGUUGCAAUAUUUUGCUUUUUAAUUUGAAAAUAUAACUAAGGAAAUUGGAUUUGUAUUUGAAAUGAUAAGGUGCUAUUUUUGGGAAUAUUAAAAAUAAAAUCAUGAUCUGCCUAGUCAAAAUAAACGAUACAUGAAUUUUGGCAAAAAAGGUUGCAGGAAAGAAAUUAAAAUUUAUUUUUGCGCUGCACAUCCCUAAUCUUGAAGUGUUUAAAUUGCCUUUUCAAUGUUGUUAAAAUCGUUUUUAGUCUAUGUGUUUAUCUAAACUGUUCAGAUUCAAGAUGAUAAUUAUAUUUUGAAAGCAAAAAAUCUUAAAAGGUAAAAUAACGCUAGAAAUUGAAAAAAUGAACUGGUGUGAAAAUUUAAGACAAAAAUUCGCCGAAUAGAAAUGAACGCUUUAAAACCUAACCUAAACGCUCAAAACUAUAUUUUCUGGAGCUUUCUAUACUGCUAUUCUGCCCCAUCAGUGACGCAAUAAUCCGGCCUGGACAAACUCUUUAUGGAUAAUUUUUAAUCUUUAAACUCGAAUUUUCCACUUUUCAGUUCCUGAUUUUCUUUUUAACAAACUUUUUGAUGCAUUUGCGCGAGGGGGUUUCCUGCAGGAAAGACCGAGGAAACGGACGCUUUUAAUAAAUAGGAUAGGAGCGGCACCGAGACCCGAAAAAAUAAAUAUAUCGAUCACGUCAUCACAUUUCAAACGAGCCGAGCUUAGAGAAAGAGAGAGAGAGAGAGAGAGAGAGAGAGAGAGAGAGAGAGUGAGUGAGUCAAAACAGCACGUGUCACUCCGUCCUGCUGAAAAUUUCUUGAUUUGUCGAAUGCAGAGUGACGUGAACACGAAAAUCAAUUUUUGCUGUUGCUAUAUUCGAGAAAACGGGAGUAAUCGUGCUUUGAUAAUAAUCGCUCGGGGACCAAAAUCGCGUGGAAAAGUGUUUUUUUUUUCUUUUUACCGUGUUAUUUCACCCUUCUUGAUGCAAUAAGAGAGUUCAAAUCGAUGAUUUCGACGCACAAUCGUUUGCUUAUUGUGUGUCACGCGCCGAAAUUAAAUUUUCAUGCGAUACGCGAGAGAUCGAUUUACUUGCUGCGCUUGCAACUGCCUUAUUCGCAUUUUUAGAGAGACGAUUUUACCGUUGCGCUGUGGUGGGUCGAGACAGUGUGCGUGUGCGCCAUCGCUUUUCGUGUGCGUAACCGAAUAUAUCUCGUGCUUGCUGUGUUUUCGUCGACAAUCAAACUUUUAACAAUCUGAAUUAGAAUCAAUCAAACUUUCUGUUGAACUCGACUCUUGCGUGACUCGUCGGUUUCCAAAGCCAUAAAACGAUGGAAGGCACCACUGCUUUUAAAAUUCCUAGUUCAAAAAAGGUUAUACGUGUUACUUAUUUAAAGAUAUAGGUUUUUGCGUGAAAUGUAUUUUUGAGCAGCCACCGACGGAUGGCGACACCAUCCUUUAGCAAAUUUUGAGCCAUUUUACGCGUAGUUUUUGGGUUUAAAUCGUACUCUUAGGCACGAGUUUUAUUUUUUUGGAAGUAUUACUUGAGUUUUCACGUUAAUUGUACUAAAAAUCUAGUGAUUGAAUAAUAAUGUUGCUUUUUAACUAUUAUUUCUGACAAAUAUGAAAAACUACAGACUCGUUCCUUAUUUGGUUUUCCACUGCCAAUUUUUAUCUGGAAAAAAGUGAGCAAUGGAUACCUAUUUUGUUUUAAUUUUCUUAACGAAAAUUGGACAUAUAAAUUUACAAAAGAUACUAAACAUAUUUUCGUCCAGGUUAUCUGAUCCAGAAGUAGCAAUAUAAAACAUGUAAUUACAGUUAACAAAAAUGAAAACUGUAAUAAUUGCUUUAAAUCAAUGAUUUGCUCUUUGAAAGUGAACAAAUUGAUCCUUAACGAAAUUGCUAGUUGUUGGUGGCCUGCGAGCUAUGCAAAUUCUAAAAGCGAUCUAUUUCACGCGGCGGAGGACCGCAGACGUUCUUAUUGGCCAAGCAAUAACGUGUACCGCCGCCGGCCAAUCAGAACGUCCGCAAUCCUCCGCUUACAAUUAGGGAAAUAGAUCGCUUUUUGCUGAACUCUCAUUACGAGAAAUCCCCGAAGGAAAGAAAACUAUCACCUGGUUGAUAGACUAAAUUAAAUUUUUGGAUCAACAGUUGCUUGCUCUCCCCUCUCCUAAUGCCAACUUAAUAAAAUAACAAUGAUGAAACGGAUAAUAUUUAUUUAUUAGAGAAAAUUAGAAGUCCCAUUUGAAAUUGUUUCAAAAACUGUUGAAAAGCAUAUUUUUGUCUAUUGUCCUAAACCUAAACCCUGGUAAAAUCACAAGUGAAAUUAAAAAAACCUGCAAAUGAAAGGUAGUGCCACCUUGUCAGGAUUUUUGAAGUGUUCCAUGCUAUUUGCAUUGAUUUUCUUGAAAAAACAUUAAAAAAAAACCACGUCUGAUUAUGAUCUGGAACAUCUUAACCAACAAAACGGUCAAUUUAUUUGUUCUGGAUCUAGACACGCCUUCUUUUCCUUUAAUCAGCUCUUUUUUCAAUUGUGUCAUAUUAUACAUUUUUACAGAUUUUUUUUUUAAUUUGAUGAUAUUCUAGAAAAUGAAUUGUGACAGUGGUGCCAUCUAUUUUUGGAUACAACCGCGAUCAUAUCACGCAAAACGGUCAAAUUAUGAAAGAAGAAACGCCAUUUAUACACACUACUUCUCACUUGUAGUCGCGUCAUUGCCAAAGAAUUGUCUAAAAAUACGGAGUGAGUGUCAAAACUAGGCUUUUAACGAACAAACUCGCGUCGGCAGUAAUUAUUUCAUAAAUGUGGUAGUGCGUAAGGAAACUAAUAUAUUAGAGAGCUUUCCACCUGCUUUUAACAAGACUUGCGCUCGCGUAUGUUUAAAUAUUUUUUCCUGUUUAAGCUCUUGUAGGUUGUUGAUAUUUUCGUAAAACACCAAAACUACCUGAGUAUCUAUUAGUCAUUCACAGAUUUCUAUACAUUAAUAUUCGUUGUUGAUAGUUCGGCCAAGCCGAAAGAAUUAAUUAAUGCUGUUGAUUUUAGAUAUAUCUUGUUUUUAAUUGUUAAACUAACGCUGGUGCGCACAAUCCCUUUAAAGGUGAGCAUUUCUUUGCGAUAAAUUACAAAACAAAUCACUAACUGCUCAAAAGUGUCGGGAAAACUGUGUGUGUAAUAAAUUAAUAAUUAAUAUCAGAGCGAUUUUAUUCACAUGUAAUUGUACAAUUCAUUGGAAUCUGUCCAAAGCGAAAGAAGGAAAACCAAAGGGUGCCUGUUUGAAGCUUGUCAUCACGUAUUUUGACUCUUUCUCUGAAGGAAAGAGGAAAGAGAGGUGGAGCGCAAUCACCGAAAGAUUCCACCGUUUAUUUUAAUGCUGCUAAAACGCUGCGUGUGCUAAAAAUGAUGAGAUGAAAUAGGGAAGAAAAUAUUUACGAAAUUUUACUGUUGAGACGGAAAUUAAUAUGCUGAAUUUGUAGAGAGUGUGAGUGCGAUAUGAUGUUAACAAUAAAAAAAAUGAUAAAUUUAUAUACAGUGCGAA